GUUACGGUGUUUGGAGCGGGUGUUGCCUGUGGUGGAAAGUUUAAAAGAGAGUGUGUGUCCUGCUGUCCCUCAGCAGACGCAUCCAUCAACAUGAUCCCCAUUGUGCUGGCCUCAGUGCUCAUUGCUAGCGGUAAGAACAUCUGGCGUUCUCUAAUUCUGGAGGUAAUUGUUUGAAAGUUUGUGCUGGAGUGUGAGUAUGUGUGACACAGUGUAAUACUUCAUUGGAAAGAAAAAUGAGGCUGUUAGUGCUGUCACUCCCUAUCUCACCUCACUUAGACUCUUGUCUGUCUCCACUUUGUCCAGCCCUCGGGUGUGGCACCCCACCCAUCGAGCCCCUGUCUUCCCGUGUGGUCAACGGAGAAGAUGCCACUCCCAACAGCUGGCCCUGGCAGGUAUGCUAAUACUGAAUAUUCAUUUUUCUCACACGCCUUAUGAAUAAAGGGAUAUUCCGGCGUAAAAUUAAUUUAUGGUCAAACACACCGUAACACCGAGUUAGACAACCCGUCGAGAGAUAAAUGUUGCCGACCGCUUGCUACUCUAGUUAUACCAACUUUAGUAACGACCACUGGAUAGCAAUACACAGCGGUCUGAGAAGCCACAGACAAACGUCAACCAAAACGCCACAAAUAAUGCUCCCAAUGUGUGUCCUCCACUGGUGUAUGAUUGUGAGUGUUGUGUGGUGGUGGUGGUCGGAGAGGCCGUAGGCGCAAAAUGGCAGCCACGUUUCCGUCAGUCUACCCCAGGGCAGCUGUGACUACGUAGGUAGUUUACCACCACCAAAGUGUGACUGUGUGAGUGAGUGAAUGAGUGAUGCAUCUAUCCAAUGUAAAGCGCUUUGAGGGUCUCUGAUAAAGCGCUAUAUGAAAUAUGAUGCAUUAUUAUUAUUAUUAGAACAGCACCUAACUUCAUCAACAGUACAAAUACGGUCUUAGCCAAAGCACUAGCCACCAAACAUCUUUUUAACUUUGCCUAAUUUUUUUAGCAAAGACACGAAACACAACUUACCUUCUAGCAGCUGCUCGUUUGUAGCGAGACCUCCGGGCGAGUCCAUUACGGACUGCAGCGGGGUGACGCAGCUCAAGCAAGAACAUUUAUGAUCAUUACUUUAUCAUUUCAUUAAAGUAAUAAUCACAAUGUUAAUCAUUUUGCACUGCAGAUGCAGUAGUCCUUCUACCUUAGCAUCUUGGUCUGAUUGUAUUUCCAUGAAGAAAUGAUCAUAAAUGUUCUUCCUUGAGCUGCGUCUCCCAGCAGCAGUCCGUAAUGGACUAGCCCGAAGUCUCGCUACAAACAAGCGGCUACUGGAAGGGAGUGGGUGAGUUGUGUUUAGUCUCUUUGCUAAAGAAAUUAGGCAAAGUUAAGAAGAUGUUUGGUGGCUAGUGCGCUAUGUCUACUGAUGACAAGGUUAGGUGCUGCUCUGAGCAUUAUUUGAGUGGCGUUUUGGUUGAGGUUUGUUCAUGGCUCCUCAGACUGUGUAUUGCUAUUCUAUGGUCGUUACUAAAGUUGGUAUAACUAGAGAAGCAAGCAGUCGGCAACAUUCAUCCCUAGAGGGGGCGCCUAACUCAAUGUUGAGGUGUGUUUGACCCUAAAUCAACUUUUUGCCGGAAUAUCCCUUUAAAUCUUUGCCCCAGUGUUGCAGCUAAAUGGUUGUUUUUGAAUUAAACCCGCAGACUUUGCCAUUCAUCCGUACAACCUGGUUUACUUUGUCUUAUGUAGUCCUUUUCUGUGUCCAGAUCUCUCUGCAGUAUGAGAGGGAUGGUGAAUGGAGGCACACUUGUGGGGGCUCUCUCAUUGCUGCCAACUGGGUCAUGACUGCUGCUCACUGCAUCAAGUAAGAGCAGCAGAGGAAAAAAAAAUACACAAAAAUACAACCGCCAAUGUGCAGAUCUCCAAGUCAAACACACGCUCAUCACCUGCUGAUUGUGAAGUACAUAUAUGACACCAUACUCUGAGUAAUUCUUACUGUAAACUCCUUAAAAAUAAUGAGUCAUGCUCUCAUUCAGACAUCUAAUCGUGCUUACCCAAACUCUCUGAUCCUGCUGUAUGGAUUUGAUGUUCCUAUUUCCUCUACCCCAGCUCCAAGCUCUCCUACAGGGUGUUUCUGGGAAAACACAACCUGGUAGAGGAGGAGGCUGGCUCCAAGGCUAUCCUGCCUGAGAAGAUUAUCGUUCAUGAGAAAUGGAACCCCAUUUUUGUGGCCUUCGGGUAAGAAAAGCAACUUGGUGCAGCACAAAGAGAAGUGUGAGUGUCCUGCUGUGACAUACAGUAUACAUCAUCAUUAUAGCAUCUGUUCUGGUUCGGCUGAAAAAAGUAGGCUGGGGCUCGUAUUUCCAUCAUUUCAGGUCGGAUCAUUCUUUACCUUUGACACGACUUCUCCAUCUGUACAAACUGUGCAUCAUUUCUCCACGGCCAAUAAAAAGCCAAUAUAAAUAAUCCUAUUACUGUGUUGUUUACCCCUAAGUAAGCAGCUGGACUUUUUCCACAGAGGAAAAUUAGAUAAACUGAAAAAAUACUGUUUCCACUUGUUCUAAUUACCCUGUUUUUUUCCCUCUCUUCUUUUUUUGGCUCUGUUGGAGGGUUUUAAAUUGCUUGUCAGCCCGCUCUUAAGUCUCUUCCUCUCUCUCUUUGUGUCUGCCUUGCAGUAAUGAUAUUGCCAUGAUCAAACUGUCAGAGCCUGUGACUUUGAGUGACCAGGUGCAGCUGGCAUGUAUCCCUGCUGCUGGUACUGUGCUGUCCAACCUGUACCCCUGCUACAUCACCGGCUGGGGCAGACUGUACAGUAGGUUACUCUUUAUAGAAAGCUGAAAUGUGUUUAUUUCUUCCUCUUUUUUUCAGAUUAGCUUCUUUGAAAUGUCAUAAUUCUCUCCUUCAGGGUAUCCGACUGGUUUGUUGUAUCAGAACCUGCUGUGUGUGAAAGCGUGUGAUUGGGGUUACCCAGAGAAACCUACAAAGUUUGGAUGAAAACCCAAUGCAUGUGAUUUUAGCUGAAACUUUUUUUUCAGACAGGGAGGAUUACUCCUAAAUUGAAAAUUUGGGGCUGGACUGUGAAUUCAGCGCUUGGGGAAAUGCUGUGGAGCAGAUUUGACAGACUGCGUGUGUAUGAGCGUGAUGGUAAUAGACUCUGCCUGUGUGUUUUAGCCGGAGGCCCCAUAGCUGAUAAGCUGCAGCAGGCUUUGAUGCCUGUGGCUGACCACGCCACCUGCUCCCAGCCUGACUGGUGGGGCAUCGCUCUCAGGACCACCAUGGUGUGUGCUGGUGGGGAUGGAAUCGUGGGCGGAUGCAAUGUAAGUUUUUACUUAAUGGGCAUUUGUGUUUUCAAAAUCAUAAUUUUCAUCUCAAAUAAUCUGAAAUACUUAGAGAGUUCAUCUUGCAUAAACAUCUUAUUUAACAGAAAAGCAAUAUGAGAUCAAAUGCAAUUAGUGUCUCUAAGUAAAAUGUCCAAAUGGAGCACACCUGCUGUGGAACAUGAAAAUAUAUCCUGUUUCUGAAUGAGGUGAAAAAAUGAUGCUGACUGUGAUUCUCAUAGUUGUGUUUUUCAGUCUGCCAGCACCUUCAGUAUAUGAAUGAAACAUGAGGCCCUCCUUCUCUCUCUCUCUCUCUCUGUCCAGGGUGACUCUGGUGGCCCUCUGAACUGCAAGAACUCAGAAGGAGUCUGGGAGGUCCAUGGCAUCGCCAGCUUUGUCUCCGGACUGGGCUGCAACUUUGUGAAGAAGCCCACUGUCUUCACUAGAGUGUCCGCUUUCAACGACUGGAUUGACCAGGUGAUGGAAACACCAGGAGACACAAAAUAUUAAUAACUAGUUUCCUUUAUUUUGCCAAUGGCUGACCUCUCUUUGUUUCCAGGUUAUGCUGAACAACUAAAGAAGAUGGCAGAAGAAUAAAGACUACAAAGAUCCCUACACUUCUGUUUUAGAGUGUGUUUUUGGAUUAGCUAAACCCAACUCUUCCCACUGAGCAUUUUUUUGGUCUAAAAGAGGUAUAACAGACAUCUAAUGGUAGAAUAGAAGACUGGUGUAAACUCAGGCUACCACAGGUCUAAAAAUGAAAGUUUUUUUUAGCUUUCUAAAUUUAGACCAUGUUUAGACUGUUGGCUAACAGAGGUCUACUCUGUUUAUUGCAGCUAUCCAAAGCUAUCAUAAUUAUUUUGUCUAAGUACUUGGAGGUCAGUUAUGCAACUCACAGCUGCUUUUUGAGAUAAAUAGUUACCGAAUACUGGGUUAAAGUGCAGUGUCUAAAGUCUGUCUAAAAAUAUACAGAAUCUAGACGGUUGAAAAUAGGUCUAAAAAAAACUAGAUGUCUUAAAGCUGUCUAUUGCUCAGUGGGUUGUUAUUGCAGAUAAACUGAUGCUUUCUAAAGGCUAACAGUUAAGACAAUGUCACCAAAUGUCCAGCAGGUGUCCUCAUUCACACAUGAUAGAAAAUUGGUUGUGACUGUUUUCCAAAGCAGGAUGUUGUGCUGUAUAACAAGCCUGAAAAUCAGACCGACAAAUGAGUGUAAUACACAGAAAAAAUACAUGCAAAGGGCAAAAGUGUCGAUAGUUGUACAUUAGAAGAUUAUGCUGAGUGCUUUGUGUGGCCUCAUAAAAUAGAGCCAGGAUAUAAAAUAUGAAUGUAAUAUCCCUGCUUGAAACUGACCCAAUUUGUCCCCCUGCCCUCCCAGCAGGAGGCCUUUAUGAGAACCGUAAUGCUCAUCAGGGGAGUCUGUCUGUGCUCCUGAUAACAGCACUCUGAAAAUGAGGAGGGCUACAAUGGCAAAGUCUAGAUUAACACUCUAGUUUUUUUUCUUCCUCACUGGGAUGAGAUGAGCAUGAGAGAGGGUGGAGAAGGAUGGGACGGGGUAGGGGGGUUGGAAUUAAGAGAGAAAUUAAAUUGCCUCUCACUGCUUUCUUUUUUUAUCUCUGUCCUUCUCCUUUUCUCUCUGUCACAUUUGCAUGGUUCACACACGGACACGCUCACUGAUAAGUUUUGACAGGCUAAUGGAGGUGUGUGAGAGUCUUUACUGACAUCAGAGGCAGUGAUCAGGCAUGACACGUCCUGCAAAUAAGAGUUAUAAUGACUCUGUGUGUGCGGCCCUUUCACUGUGAGCGUGUGUGUCUGUAUAUGAGGAGCAGGCAGAGGGAGAGGCGGGGACACUGUGGUUCUCUCAGGCUAUAUUUGAGUUCAUUUUUCUCAUAUAAUGAAUCACUCUUGUGAAGCAGCUUCCUCUGGAGAAUCAGCCUGUGAUCAGUGAUAACUAUCUCAUCUAAGCUCUCAUGUAGGCCGCAGCCCAAGAGCUGCUCCCUCACUAAUCCAGCAGCCUCAUCCUUUUUUUGGGGGGGAUGAAAAAUUAAAGUUUCCUAAAACAUGACUGAACUCCAUCCAUAAAGAUAAAAAUUCACAUUUUCAGAACAUAUUGUUCAGCACUAAUGAUGCCCUCCCAAAUGUGUAGGCUAUCCAUGCAAUGGGCACUUUUGCCCCUCAAUACCAUCAUGGAUGCUGGUUUUCAGCGUGUGGACUGAUUUCUCUUUAGAGCAAAGGAUGCAAAAUCCACGAUUUCCAAAAAUUAUUUCAGAUGUUGAUUCCCUGAACCAAAGGGCAAUUUUCCACAGCAUCACAACUUGCUCAAGGCAGAGAAGUCACACCUGUUACUGGAUCAAAUGCAUGCUAUAAAUAUGGCUUUCCUUUUGCGCUGAACACUUUUAACCAGCUUGUGGAGAUGAAACUGUUAUUGCAGACCCAAUGCAGUGACUUCCACUACAGAGUCAUGUCUGCUUUAAAUUCAGUCUGAGGGCUGGAAGGUAGCAGCCACUGAAGUAUUUGUUUGGGGCCUUUAUCAGAUUCGGAUCUUUGAAUUUUGUAAAUAGUAUAAUGAUGACAUACUGUUAAUAAAUGAUAUAAAUUUCAUUUCACAGUCUCUCACAGACAGAUAGACCUCUUCUCAUCUUUACUUCUGACACAUUCAGCCUCUCUGGGAUGCCCUGUUAUACUGAGUCAUGUUACAAACAGGAAUCUCUGAAAAUAUGAUGUCUGAUCAUGUCUUGGUACUCCCAAACAAACAAAAUGUUAAACAUAACAGAUUCAAAAUGUUGUACAAUGAAAUGAUAUAAAAACUGCUGUUGUCAAAAACUCUUAAACAGGUUAUUUUGUGAUCUGAUGUUUCAGCACCUAUAAUUUGGAAAUUAUAUUUAAUGCUGUAUCCAGGGGUGAAAGUAGGAUAAGGUUCUUGCAGGUACUGUACCCAUAGGCUUUGUACAAGAGGAGUACAGCCAAGUUUAACGAGGUGCCCACUCUGAUGCCACCUCUCUUUCUCUUGAAUAUAAAAUCAAAUUUUCUCUGAA